GAGAUACACUUGUUAUAAGUGGUCAUGGAUUCCAAACAGAGAGCAACGUGACGUUAUUUAUUGGUGAAAUCAAAACUAACAUCACUUUUUAUAACGACACCUACCUCAUGGCAGAGUUACCUCCUUGUUCCCCAGGAACACAUCAUGUAAAAGUAAUUGCCGGAGACCACGGAGCAGCUGUUAACUUGAAACAUGAACUACCCUCGAUCACGUGCAGUCUGGAGCUAACCAGUGUGGAGCCACGUAGUGGUUCGUUGUUUGGUGGCACCAGCCUCACUCUUAAAGGACGAGGAUUUACAUCCAACACCAAGGUUAAGGUCGGAACCAACGACUGUGACAUCACUACAGCAAAUGACAGUCUAGUUAUUUGUAAGAUUGCAAGAGCACGAACAAUACAAAGAGUUACCAAUCACGGUAUUCAUCCAGAAUUUGGGAAGUUCUACUACUGGAGUCCUCAGCAUGUGAAGAUCCUGGUCGGCGACGUGGUACGCUGGGACUGGGAUUUCCCCUUCUACAUCACGACAAUGAAACCAAGGGUCGAGGAGACAUACAACCUGACGUCAAAAUACGGCAAACCUGGAGGAUUCUCUAGUGGAGGCGUUGGUUCAUCAACAGGAUCAUAUUCACACGAGUUCAAUAAAGCUGGCAUGUUCUACUACUGGAGUGGUACAAUUGACGAUUACAGUACCACAUGGUUUCACGGAUCCGUGGAGGUCGAAGAACGGACGUCCUUUCUGGCUGAUGUCACAGUCACACAGGGCGGCUUUGAGGCAAACUACAUCUUAGGAAACACGAUGUCAACGUCUGAUACCUAUGCAACUGUACGAAGAGACAGCUGUUCCGAUCCUCUACCAGUCGAUUCCUCAAACAACAGAAAAUUCCAGUUCGCAUUUUGGACAUGCGUAUCCCCAAUCGUGAAUCAAAUAAGUCGACAAAACGGUACUACUAAUGAUGCUAUACUUAUAUCAGGUAACGGAUUCUCUAACAAAGGUUCUUCGAACAAUAUAACAUUUGGAGACUAUAUAUGCAAAGUGUCUUAUAGUUCGGUGAUAACCGCUAGCUGUAACAUAGAUCCCAAGAACAGACCACGAAUCGGACGUCCGCAAUAUGUUGACGUUUUGGUGAGCAAUUCUGGUUACGCUCACAUAAAAAUAGAUAAAGACAAUUUAAAAACGUUUGCAUUGUUUCCUGAAAUUACUCAAAUUUCCCCCAAGCACGGCUCUCUGGGAGGAAAUACGCGGCUAACAAUUGUCGGAACUGGUUUUGAAGGUCAUCACAGGUUAAUGACUGAAGUAACCGUAGGUGGUUAUCCCUGUGACGUUAUGUCCAGUUCAUACACGGAAAUAAUUUGUCUCACACAGAUGUCCGUUGUCGGUCGUAAACAGGACAUAUCCGUAGAUGUCCCAGUCACAGAAAGCAUGCUGAUCCCGGCGGAAUGUGCAACAACAUGUCAGUUUGAGUACGAUGACCGGCUUACCCCGAAAGUAACCGAUGUGAAUCCAAACUCCAUCACAGGUGAAAAUACAACCACCAUCACAGUUUCCGGAACAGGCUUCGGUGAUGACAUUAGCAGUGUAUCUGUGCUAAUGAAGUCUUCGGAAACAUACAAGUGUCUAGUUAAAAGUGUCUCGGAUUCAAAAAUAACAUGUUUGAUAAACAAUUUACCAUUAGGUACAAACGAAGUGAUCGUCGACAUAGCCCCUAAAGGGAGAGCGCUUCAUAUCAAUGGAAGCCAUAUUGUUAAAAGUAUACCAACUGUAUUAGAUAUACUACCUGUCAAAGGGAGUAUAUACGGCGGAACUGACGUCACUCUAACCGGAAACGGCUUUGAUCCAAACGUAACUAUAGAAAUAGACGGAUCGCCAUGUACAGUGAAAAAUAGAACAGUGAAUUAUGUAGUUUUUACAAGUACAGUUCAUUCCGCUGGCAAUGCAGUGAUAAGUAUCAUCGGGUCUGACGGAGACGUACACCCCCAGCAAACCUUUAUUUUUUCACAGGAGGUUUCUCCUACAGUUAUCGCUGUUCAUCCUUCUUCGGGAACGACUGGACAAAAUGUUACCAUCACUGGUGAACAUUUUGGCACAAACAAGACAAGCGUUUUUAUUGGAGACGAGAAUUGUAUUGUUACAUCUGUCAGGGACACGGAGAUAAACUGCACUGUCGGGGUUCACCGCGCGGGGACAUAUGCUUUAUACGUAAACGUACAUGGUGCUGGGUACUCCAAUGGAAAUGAGGUUUUUACAUACAACAUGUCAGUACACGCCAUCGAACCAAAAUCAGGUAGUUUAGCCGGAGAACAGACGGUUACUAUAAUUGGUUCUGGAUUUGAUAAUAAUAUGACGGUGAACAUAUGUGGAAACAUGUGUAACAAGUCCGAAAGGCAGACGUCGAACUCAACGUCAUUUAUAUGUGACACUCCACCGUUGGCAGUUUCUUCACUUGAAAAGUGCGACGUGACGGUAACGGUGGAUACUGUCACUAAGGUACUGACGGCAGGUUAUACCUACGAUCCCGAUCUUACUCCAGUCAUUGAUGACGUCACACCAAAGCGCGGAGGUACCCAAGGUGGAACACGGCUAACUAUCUCGGGAUCGAACUUCGGACCAACACCUACGUCAGAGUCGGGAUGUGUGUCGUCAGUAACGGUCGCUGGAACAUUGUGUAACAUCACAUCUUGGACGGAAACAGCAGUAGUCUGUUUGACAGAAGCUCAUUCCAAGUCGGAAAGAGCAACUGUUCGAUUGGAAACGGGAUGUAAUGGAAAAGCAGAUGAGAGAAAUGCGAGAUUCCAUUUUGUUGAUGUGUGGUCGUCUGUAUUUACCUGGGGAGGGGCGGCGUCUGGUCUGCCUACCGCUGGAGACAUCGUGGUCAUUCAAAAAGGACAAACCAUCUUGUUCGACACUGACACACCGAUCCUCAAAAUGCUGUUAAUACAAGGAGGAGAGCUCGUUUUUGACGAAAAAGACGUGGAACUGAAAGCUGAAAACAUACUGAUUACUGACGGUGGUCUCCUACAGGUGGGUACUGAAGAUGAACCAUUCCAACACAAGGCGAUAAUUACUUUAUAUGGUCAUCAUCGCUCUAAGGAAUUACCGAUAUAUGGGACAAAGUCACUGGCGGUUCGAGAGGGGACACUGGACCUGCACGGAAUACACAAAAAUAUCACGUGGACAAAGUUGGCACAAUCCGUCAAUACCGGGGACCAGACAAUAAUUGUUCAACACGAGGUCACGUGGCAAGCAGGUGACCAGAUUAUAAUAUCCACAACAGGAGGUGUUAAUUCUCAGUCUGAGACCGAGGAAAUGACGAUAGCAUCGGUCGCUGCAGACAAGAAAACCAUCACGCUCAUCGGCCCAUUAACUUACUCACACCUUGGACGUUUAGAAGUGAUUGCUGGUUUGGAAUUUGAUUUUAGCGCCGAAGUUGGCUUGCUUACUCACAAUGUGGUUGUUCAAGGGCGCAGCGCUCCCCAGUGGAUAGAAAAGAUCGAAGCAUGCCCAGAUGGUUUUGAUCCAGGUUACCAAGCUAUCCAGACGUGCGCUCAGGGUAGGUUUGGAGAAGAAAUGGGUAGUGACGAAUUCGGGGCUCAAGUAGUAAUUCACACAACAGAUCCAACAAAGCAGUUAACGACAAGCCGUAUGGAGUUCGUAGAGUUUUCCCACGUCGGUCAGGCCUUCCGACUUGGUCGGCAUCCUAUCAACUUUCAUGUGGCUGGUGACAUGUCAAAGUCGUAUGUUCGUGGAUGUGGCAUACAUGACACGUUUAAUCGCGCCAUCAACAUUCGGGAUACACAUAACAUACUCAUAGAACGGAAUGUUAUCUACGAUGUUAAUGGUGCCGCGAUAUUCUUGGAGGAGGGGACAGAGACUGGAAACAUAUUCCAGUAUAACCUUGGCGUAUUUGUUAGAGGAAGUUCCCAACUUAUGAAUGACGAUAUAUCACCAGCAACAUUUUGGAUCACAAAUCCAAAUAACACAUUGCGACAUAACACUGCAGCCGGUGGCACACAUUUUGGAUACUGGAUCAGAUUGGAAAAUCAAGUUAAUUCUUUUGUAACUGGGAAUUAUAGACCACAAUAUACUUCUCUUGCUGAAUUCAACAACAAUUCUGCGCAUUCUAUGGGAUGGCACGGCUUGUGGAUUUAUCCACAAUAUACACCGCGGAUGAUGUAUUCAUUAAAUUCGUACAGUUCGUCUCGAAAGGUUGUCUUGAUCAAUAAUAUGCAUGUAUGGAAUUGUCGCAAAGGAAUCGAGGUGAACCAAAUGGGAGCUGUCCGAAUCCGGGGACUGGUCGCUGUAAAUAACACGGACGCUGGGUAUGACGGUAAGAUAAUUACAGAAGGAAAUCAGUACACAGAUGAUAGCCCUUUGAUUGAAGAUUCGGUGAUAGUUGGAUAUGUAUCGGGUAUUCCGUCACAGGGAUGUACCAAAGGAGGAGUUGUGUCCCCCUACAAGUUUGGAUUUACGAUUCGUAAUGUCACCUUUGUUAACUUUAACCAAACUGACUGCUACGCAUUGAGAAUUACCAGAAUUCCUGAGCGAUGCACUUCUCUCUGUGGCGGGUUCAUGUACAGGACACAGAACCUGACUUUUGUCAACGCUGAUAAUCGCGUGAACAACGACUGGAUUUGGGAAUCGGUGUAUGAGGACAUGGAUGGGUCUCUGUGUGGUUCUACGUCCUGUAAAGUGGUACCCUGUACCGGGACGUUACCAUCAAACUGUACCUCGUUCUCCAACACGUCAACUGUCCCGUUAUGUUCUUGUCCAGGAGAUGUCAGACUGGUCCGAUUCGCGGUAUCGUCAUACUCCUAUGUAUCCUCAAGUUGGCCUAUCAUCCUCACCAACCAGUACGGAUCAACAAGACACCACUAUCGUAAUAGUGCUAUUGAUCCCUCCAGAGGCUGGAUGACGAAUUUAGUGCCUGGUGAAUCGUAUUUAUGGGACUUUGGCAGUGCACGAGUUCUGACUAAUUUCAGUUACUGGGGUUAUUUCUACCGAAUGCAGUAUGGCGAUUACGUCAUUAUAAGCCAGGCCUUGACUGAAGAACCAGACCAGUUUCAGAUAGAUAGUUCCAAACUGAUCUCCGCAACAAAUGAAACAUUAGAUCCAGAAAUACACUACCAUGGAGAUUGGCUGUACAACGAGACAUCCGGUCUGAUCACAUACUUAGUAUCCUACAGACGACGAGAACGCAUGUAUGACAACGGUAUAGAGGACAUAUAUAUAAAUCUGCGAAUAAUAAAGUGCUUCUUCACGGACUGUAUCACUCCAACUACACCCGUACCAACGACCGUCCGGACGACUCCUACUCCAACUACCCCCUGUGUUUACUGGUCAUCUCCCACAUCAUGGCCAGACAACACACCUCCGGUUGAAGGGGAUGACGUCACCAUUUCAAAAGGUGUAUGUAUGAUAGCCGAUACGGUGAUACCAAGGCUGAAAAAACUCGUUAUCUACGGCGAGCUGGAGUUUGACCAUGGUCCUGUAAAUGGUUCCUACCGAAAUUUUACUGUCAGCGCAACGGACAUUAUAAUCAUUGGAGGGAAUCUCCGGAUUGGAUCACCGAAUGUCACUUUCCUGGGUAACAUCGAUAUCACACUUCGUCGUUCUGGAGACCACAGCACCAGCGAGCAUCUCCCAAACACAGACAUACCUGUUAACUCAAAGUCAAUAGCUGUAUACGGAGGGCUAGAAGUACAUGGUAAAGAUAUUGGCGUUCCCUGGACGAAAUUACGUACAACAGGGAACCCCGGGGACACCUCAAUCACUCUAGCUGACGACGUGACCUGGAAGGUCGGGGAGGAAAUUGUCAUCGCCCCGACCAGUUACGACAUCUGGGAAACAGAGACAUUCCGAAUCACUGGAGUUUCUGACGAUGGGGUGACUCUGGCACUAAACGAUUCUCUACGAUUCAGGCAUAUCGCAUACAGCGAAACAAUAAAUGGACGGGCAGUAAAUAUGGCGGCGGAAGUGGGUCUCCUCACAAGGAAUAUCCGGGUAUUUGGUGAAAAUGUCGGGUCCUACUCCACAGAAGGCCAUGAAGGACGGGUUGUUGUAGGGGCGACCAUGGCUGGAGACGUGUUUUACAAAGGUUUUGCCAGCUUUAGUUAUGUCGAGUUUGUGUAUACUGGACUGACGUAUCGGAAUGCGGAGAGAGUAACUGACAAGACACCGUCAUCUGUUACAAAGUGUACAUUCCACCAGGUCUUUUCUCAAGCGAUUGGAGUAUACGGGACUAUAGGUAUCUCCCUGAUGGACAACGUUAUCCACCACUCUGUAUCACCAGCUAUCGAAACACAAUCCCGGAAAACAACUAUUGCACGCAACCUCAUCGUAUUAGUCAAUGGCGGUAUAAGUACCUAUCAUGGAGCCAUACUUGCCGUCCAGUCAAGCGACCUGUCACUUGUGGAGAAUACAGUCAGCGGUACUGAUAGAGUAGCUUAUCGCGUUCCUGGUGUCGAAUGUGGUCGAAUGUCUUCUUCAUUUGGAAACGAAGCCCAUAGUUCAUCGAUAGGACUAGAUGUUUCGUCUGAAGACAGUGUUCAAGGCCAUUGUAACGCAAUAUCGAACUUCUUCAUCUGGAAAUGUAGCAAUAUAGGAAUAUAUUACAACAGCGGACGGUCUGUAGAUAUAAGUGGGGUUGUUUUGGCGGAAAAUACCCUUGGAAUAUACACACAAGUUAAUGGACCAAACCCUGUUGAUCAUUUUUACUCACCGAAGUUCUGUACCAUCAAGAACAGCCUGAUAAUCGGAACAACACCUUCAUAUAGCUGUACCACAGACCAGGCCAAAUCUACUGGAUUAAGUAAUCAGACUACUGGAGGACACGUUGGCAUGACGUUUACUUCCUUCAUGCAAUAUAGUAACGGGAACUCUCUAAACAGUCUUCCUGCACUUAAUUCCUACCCUGCAAUCAUGGGAGUGACGAACAUUCAUGACGUAACGUUUGCGCAUUUUAAGACGGUUUGUGGGACAAAGGACAUUAUGCUGACAACAAACAGAUGGAACGAUGAUGGACAACACCCUGUGGAAACCAGUAGAAUCACCAAGUACGACACGGAUAACGAAUCGUACUUCUUUAUCCAUCGACCAAACAUCGACAAAAUAAACCCAAGUGACUGUGUAGACAUGGAUUGUGAUGGACUGAAGAAGGCCCUUAUUAAAGACGUAGACGGAUCCUUCCUCGGAACGAAAGGUGCUGUCCUAUCACAGUCGGAGUGGGAGUGGGAUGGCGAUCCGAGGAGGGGUCUCGGAGACUAUAGGAUACCGAGAGAGAUGCUGACCACUCUGUCUGGCGAACGUAUUAACGUUAGUACCAUCGCACCACACAAAGGUAUAAUACGGAACGACAAGUGUCAGUACCGGACUGCCUGGCAGGCCUACGAGUGUCACAACCUGGACUAUGAUAUGCUGAUUAUAGAGAGUUUAGACGCGGACACGGAGACUCGGCGUCUGUCACCUGUCGCUUUAUUAGGGGACGGUUAUCUCGACCUCAUUAAUGGACCCCAGGACCACAGCAGUUGUAGUCAAGGUUUCUGCCGAAAACGUCUGUCUACGUUCAUGUCCAUAGUAGCUACAGGAAGAAACUACUCGUUGUACUUCUCGACUACAAGCCCACAGACACUAAGGCUCUUACUGUUGAACUCCGAUGAUAGCCAAAGCGUUGUUUUAGGUAUAUGGUACUCCCAGUCAAACCGCCGAGAUGUGUACGUGGGGGAUGAUCUAGUGUUAGCAAAGAAUGCCAGGAUGGUGAACGGAAAGUAUAUAGUUGAUCGGCCAACACGACCUGGUGAAUUCAAUCCUGAAAAGAAUGACGACACGGGGGCUAAUUUCUUUGACCGAGACACUAACAUUCUGUAUGUGUUAGUCAAAGGAAGCAGUCCGGUUAAAAUAGUAACAAAUCCUUCCCUAAUUGUGUCAUUUCAAAUACCUGCAUUGACACCAGAGGAGUUUUAUGGUGAGGCAUUGGUCCAUAAUCUAGCCUUGUUCUUCGAUGUGCCGCCGGAGAAGGUCAGAGUGGUCAACGUUGUCAGGGAGACCGGGAGGAGGAGAAGAGACGUUGAUGGGAACAUCAAAGUCGUGCUAGAAAUCAGUGAUCCACCAACUGAAGGUUUGAAUGCUACAGCUAUGCAAACAUUGACAGUAGAUGAGUUGUUGAACAAGUCGGCAUUGUUCAUAAACACAGUUCAGGGAGGAGAAGAUAUUAGCAAAGCACUGAACCUGACUAUAAUCGGCAUUGCUGUAUCUGAACCUCCAAUAAACGAUGGUUUGAACCCACCACGCGCUGACACCUCCGGCGAGAUCACUGUUCCAAAGAGCUUAAAUGUAUCGGUACAUCUAGCUCCGUCGUAUGAAACUGCGCCAUUCCCUAUACAACCUUGCUUGCACGUGUUUGAUAUACAGGAUGAACCGAUGGGAAAACUAGGAAGUGUUGGAGAUCCUUGGCGUAUCGCAGCUUAUCUAAUAUCAGGAGCUGACCGGUCUGUCAAGUUACAAGGAACAACAUCGGUUGAUGUAGUCGGGGGAUGGGCCAACUUCUCGGAUCUCGCGUUAUCACAUUACGGAGAAGACUUCACCAUUCAUUUUAACAAGACUUACCCUGAUAAUGCAAUCGAUUUGAAUGUUCUUUCUGAGAGCUUCUCUGUACACAGAAUCAAUAUCGGAAUAAACAUCAUAUCUACCAAUAUUACGCUUGUAAACAAUGAAACAAUAAUAAAGGUUGAACUGCUGGACAACACGACGCAAAAUCGAAUUCGUAACAUUAAAUGGAGAGGACAUUCAUGGAGUGUAACUGUUGACUUUGAUAAAAGUUUGGACAUAAUCGGGGAUAUGACCGGGUCCAAGCAAUCAACAUUCAACCAUUCAACUGGAGACGCCAUCUUUAAUGACCUGGUGUUCGGCCAGAUUGGUGUUUAUAUCCUUAAAUUCCAUGUAAAGUCGUCACCAGAGGAGUAUGACCUGUAUGGGGAGUUUCGGGUCCAAGUACUAAGUGAGGUCCAAGUACAUCUUCGUAACAGUAAUAAUGCUACCUCGACAAAUAUAUCACUUACUUUUAAUGAAAGUUAUGCAGAUAUUGUUGGAGAAAGAGACGAACACUUCGGAGCCUUGGUCGUCAACAAACUCGCCAGAAAAUAUACCGAUGUAUAUUUUGAUCGAAUAACAGUGAUACCAGGAAGUAUCGUAACAAUGGCAGAGAUCACACAACAUUCUAACGAUACAGAUACAACACUACAGUCCAUGGCUAAUUUCCUGGGAAGUGAAACCUUCGCCUUUAAUGGUAUGAUACUGAAACGACCAACGCUAAGGGGUAAUCGAAGAAACUUCAGUCCUACGAUAUAUUCAUCUAUGCUAUCAACCGGAGGAGUGACUUCGACAGCAACAACGAUCACAGACUUGGGACCCAGGCUUUCUACUGAACAGAUCAUUGCCAUAGCUACAACUCCAUUAUUCGUUCUGUUGGGAGUCAUAAGCAUUAUCAUUAUCUGUAAACACAAAAACAAGAAGAAGAAGAUAGGUCAUCAAGAAUAUUCAGAGUACCUGACGAAAUCUUCGACUGUAAGUUCUGAUGACUUAACCUGGGGUAAAGGUACAAAUAUCCAAAACGAGUAUCAUGAUCCUUUACCUGUUUGGUGACCGCUGAUUUGAAGCCACAAUCUACAAACCAACACGGAAAACAUAUCAUUUACUACAACGUUGAGAUAGAACAUCAACUACCAUCGUCUUCAAUGGGAAAUUUUCGAUCCAGUCGGGCCUAUAAUUAAAGAAGACCGUUUACGGUUUCCGUUGAUGACAUUUUUAUUCAGUGGAGAAAUGCUCUUGUCAUUGAGAUAUUAUACCGGGAAUAAGAAAUAAAUAGACACGUGGUUCAAGUUUAUAAAAAACGCUAUGAGAAAAUCUUCAUCAAACUAUAAAUAUGACUUGGUGUAUACAUUACAUUUUGUAAAUAUUUUAGACUAUUUGACAUGAUAGUAAUAUGGUGCUGGUAAAAUAAUUCAAUAACGUGAUUCAAAGCACCAUCAAGUGAUUCGCAACAUCAGAAAUAAAAAACCUAACCCGUGUGAACUUAUGAAUGAUGUUUUAAAAAAGGGAUAAAUUAUUUUCCAAUGCAUUCGAAUAAAUCAUUUCGGAUUUUAGAAGACCUUGGUAUAUACCACUUUAUAGUUAUAAACAUAUCAAUAUCUUUCCCUGAUUUUUAGCAAAAUUAAUGUAACAUAUCAAACAUAAACAUGGUUUGACAAAUCAGUUAAUUGCAUAUUGAUAUUCGUUCUUUAUAUUAACUGUGUUGCACUAUAAACAGACUAAUUGUAUGUAGUGUGUAGCUAAAAUGUUUUAUUUUUAAUUCCUUGAUAUGACAGCAUAUUCCGGUUUGUUAAUAUAUUCUGAUAAAAUUACUUGUAUAACAUACCGCAAGAUGUUAGUAUUUUCCACAAAUUAUGUUAGAGAAAAUGUGAUAUAAUAAAUUUAACCUUUGUUGCUGCCAAUAAAUAUAUUGUAUUACCUAUAUUAUACAUUUUUGCGAUUGGGUUUGAUGAGUAUUUUAGUUAUACUUUAUUUUAACCUAUAGGGUUUUAUUCAGUUUUCAUCUAAGAAAAAAAAUCAGAUUUUAUUCUAUUUUGUUUAACUUGUCAUUUUUAUUAAACAGACAUUCUAUUUGAGUUAGCUACUUUUUUCAUCUACAUCAUUUUCUGUUAAAUAUCAUUUUGACCAGAAUCCAAAUUUUCGUUACAAUGAAAUUGUCAAAGUGUUUUGAAAUAAAAUUCAAGCUUGUACACAUUUUUAGUUUUCUCUAAAAAAUGGAUGAUAUCCUAUUCUGCCAACAAUAUAUUGAUGUUUGUGUGUUUUGAACAUUGGUUUUGACGUGUACCCAUGUGAUUGUAAUAAAAA